AGUAGUAUGACAUAUGACAAGCUACACAUUUAUUUAUUAUAAAAGAUAGGUUAUAACAAUAAUUUGCUUAUAUCUGCAAUUACAAGGCUUUUUUUUAAGUCUUAAAACAAUGUCGUUGAACUGAAAUAAAUAAAUCCAGAGCUGUUACGAUCUGUUAUCACAUAUUCGUAAAUUAGCCAUAUCUAUUUUGCAUAUUAGCAAUGUGAAUAAUCUUCAUAACUUUAUUAUAAUAAAAUUAUAACUGUAUAAUAUGGAAAUACCAGAAGUAUAUAAUUUUCUAGCACGAGAUUCUUUGUUAACCGUAGAAAAAUUUGAAGGGCAUUUACCUUUCAAUAACAUUACUAUCAACAACUUUCAUUACAAUCAUUUGGUAUCAAUUAUUACUCCAGAGGAAAUAGAUAUUUCAAAAAUAAAAAGUGAUUUAGAGACUGGUAUAUAUUACAUGGUACAUGAUUUACAACUUCAAGAAUUAACUAAUAUCGAGUUUAUUUCUAGUUUUAUAAGAAAUGGCAAAUUAACUUUGUUAAAUGUAGAUGAAAGAAUAGACUGUGAUAAUUGUAUUAGUAUUACAAGCAAUGGUAAACUGUAUAUGAAUUUAGAUAAAGAUACUUAUCAAUCUCUUGGUAUAGAAGGAAUACCAUCACAUUUUACAAAUAAAUUAAAAAAUCGUUACAUCGUUAAUGUAGAUUUAACUGAAGAUAAUUUAUUAAAUAAUAAAUCAAAACUCGAAAAAUUAAAGUCGUGUUUGCAAAUAUUGAAAAAGAUAAAAGUUAUUGUGAUUUGGGAAGCACCAGAUGAAGAAGUAUGUCCUUCUUCAAUAGCCAAAUAUUUUGCCGACCUCGGUUAUCAAGUACAACAAUGUUCUUCAACUUUUAAUUCGUUUGUGGUAAAUACAAAAAUUCCUGUAUCUAAUAUUACAAAUUGGGAUAAAGAUGAAACAUUAGAAUUUAUCGAAUGGUUAGGAAUGUUGAUGCUCGAUUGCAACUUAGAACCGGAUGUCACCAACUAUUUAUCUAGUUAUUCACCACCUUAUGAACAUGGUACUAAAGUAGAAAAAACACAUUGUUUGAAGUUACAGGGUUUUUUUUCUUCCACUUUCAUCCAACAAAUUCUCAAACGCUUAUGUAACAUUAAUUCUAAUAAAUGGGUCGCAGUUUACGUUCAGGGGUUUUCUGAUUGUCCCGUAACUUGGGGUUCAGAAGAACAACACUACUUUACCAAUGGAGAUAACGGAUACAUUUUAAUUUUCAAUACAGAUGGUGGAUUAAUUUGUACUUAUAAAUGCUCUAGGAAAAGAUAUAAAUAAAUAAAUAGAUCUUUAA